ACGCCCACAGCCGCGCUGCGCCGCCACAGGCGGGCCCUGCCCGGCCCCCGCGGGGAGGAGACAGCGGCGGGCGGGCGGCGGCGCUUCCUCAGGCCCGGCAGCCGGGGCCGAGCGGCCGAGUGGGGCUGCGGCCCGGCGGGCAGCAGCCGCAGGGAAAUUGGAUGGCUGAGUGAGAACUUGCUGUUCAGAAGAGGUCGUGGCAGAGGAUUAAUAUGUCUAAAGAAAUGCAGGAACUACAGAAGCAGUGGCAUUCCGUGAUGCAGGCCGUCCACAGCAACGCAAAUGUUGUUGCCUUCAUGAAUUCUCGUGUUGGCCAAUAUUUAGAUGACCAUCCUUUUGUUGCCUUAUCACUCCUGAUGUUUGUUGCAGUGUCAGCUAUUCCUGUUGGAUUUUUCCUGGUUUUUGUUGUUACAACAGCUGUAAUGGCCUGUAUUGGUGUGAUAGUCAUGGAAGGUGUUGUGAUAGCCAUUGGUGGCAUAGCCCUUCUGUGUGUGCUGUGUGGCCUGGGAGCCCUGUCCCUGGGAGUUUCUGGAGUGCUGAGUGUUUCUUACGUGGCACUUUCAACUCUGGUCAACUACUGGUGUGCAUCAAGGGGUCAGAUAAGGAAGCAAGAUGUUAAUGGAAGUUUACCACAGAAGCAGCCUGGCUUGGAUCUUUCUGCCAAUACUGGAAAGAGUGAAUAAGUAGAUUUCUCCCCACUUCAUAGGCACUUAGCUGUACAAUUCCAGCCUUUGCUACAUAAUUGUUUACUCAUUAAGCAUUCAACCAUUAUGUACUCCUGGAAACUGAGAAAAAUCAAUAUACAUCUUACACUGGCACUGUAAAAGGGAUCUUAAGAAUGACCAAGAAACAGCAGUGCAGUAGUAUGUGCAUGGUGAAGUGUUCCAUAGUUUGUACUGUUAAGUCAAGGACAAGGAGGUGGACAGAAAGAAGAGGGAGAUAUUUGACUUCUCAGAUACUAGAGUUCCAAAUGUACUCUCUCUAGGAGGUAGCAGCAGUCAUUUUGAUACAGAAAUAUCGAGUUCAGAAGAAUAGAAACAUAGUUCGAAUAUGGAAAAAUAUUUGUAAGCCUUAAACUUUGCUAAAACAGUAUGAGUACACCAGGGCAAUGCUUUAUGUUCAUUAUACAGGGAAAAGUGGGUUUGGCAUAUGUCAUGGUCUAAGUUUCUAUCUCCAUUUAGAUAUUCUGUUUUUCGAAAGGGAUAUUUUCCUUAUUUUCAUUGACUCAUUGUUUCAGGGGUAGGCUUAGGUCUUAGGUAUUUAAAGUGUCUGGUUUGCUCCUCAGUUGUAACUUUGUGUAUGUUAUUUAAACUUUUUUCAUUUUUGCAAAUGCUAUUAUAUUUUUAAGCAUUAAAGUAUGUAACUAUAUUAGUUUAAUAGAGUGCUGUUUGUUUAACCAGA